AUGUACGCCUCCGCCCUCUUCUUCCAGGUGCUCCUCGCCACCGCGGCCUUCGCCGUCCCCACCUCGCGCGAGCGCUUUGCGCAGCGCCUCGCCCGCCGCUCCGCAGGCGCGCACUUGUCGCACCCCAGGGUCCCCAGCACCCUUGCGGUGUCCGAGCUCUCCGGGACCUCCAACGUCACUAACGCCGAGUUCAGUACCAACUGGUCCGGCGCCGUCAUGAGUGCUGGAGCCAACACCUUCAAGAGUGUGACGGGCACCUUCACGAUUCCGACCCCGAGGGAGCCCUCUGGCCAGACCAGCGAGCACUCCGCGUCCGCCUGGGUCGGCAUCGACGGUGACACCUGCGGCACCGCCAUCCUCCAGACCGGUAUCGACUUCACGGUCACCAACGGCCGCACGUCCUUCGAUGCGUGGUUCGAGUGGUUCCCCGACUUCGCGCACGACUUCACGGGCAUCUCGCUCGCCGCGGGCAACUCCAUCACCGUCUCCGUGACCGCGACCUCGCGCACGGGCGGCACCGCGACGAUCGUGAACCACUCGACCGGCCAGACCGUCUCGCACACGUUCUCGGGCCAGCCCGCACUUUGCGAGCAGGACGCGGAGUGGAUCGUCGAGGACUUCGAGGAGGGCAACUCGCUCGUGCCGCUCGCGAACUGGGGCACCGUCACCUUCACGGGCGCGACCGCCAACGGCGCGGCCCCGUCGGGCGCGACGAUCAUCAACAUGGAGCAGAACGGGCGCGUGCUCACGUCCGCGUCGACGAGCGGCAGCACCGUCACCGUCGCGUACACCGGCCCGUGA